GGCUGAAACGACGCCGUGGGCGUGGUCCUGGGAUCUCAUCUUCAUCAUCGGAAACGCAACUGAUAAUUCAAAGUUCUCAAGCCAUCAAAAUCAAAAUAUAGAAAACCGUCUUUCUCUGCCUUCUUCUCUCUCACUCUUCUUCUUCUUCGUCGAAUUAGGGUUCGUUGUGUAUUCUUGACACGUUUGGUUGCUGGGAAAAGAGAAGAAAAUGAUGGAAGAUUUUCAGGAUUCGUAAACAUUUGAAAGCAUCCAUUAAAUAUCACAGAAAUGCCUUGCAAAGUGGUAUCUUGUUGGACAUUUAGUACGCUAGUAGGUGCGUUUCUUGAUCUCGCAAUAGCAUAUUUGCUGCUUUGUGGAUCGGUUCUUGCUUAUUCUGCCUCAAAAUUUCUGGGUUUAUUUGGGUUGUGCCUGCCAUGCCCUUGUAAUGGGUUAUUUGGGAAUCCGAUUGCGAUUAACUGCUUACAGAGACACUUAGUGGGUGUCCCAGCGGAGAAGAUAUCAUCUGUUCUGUUGUCUGUCAAGACCCGGUUCCCUUUCGAUUCUAUUUGGAACUAUGAUGACCUGGAUUCUCAAUUUAAUUCAGUGUCAGUGAAGCGGAGAAGUCUUGGUGAAAAGGGGAAUGGAAACUUUGAGGAUGAAGCGUCUUGUAGCUCUUGGAGCGAAAUGGGUGCUGGAAAUCGUGUUAUCAACUCUCCAGGAGUGGACAAAGGAAGGUUGCAAUGGAAGGGAGGUCUGAGUCAAAAAUCAAGAUAUGGGCUCAGGCGCCGCAAGAGAGCAGCUGGUCAUCUUGGGAAGUUGUCAUCGCAUUCAUCAUCCCAUUCAUCAUAUGAUUGUUUACAGUCAACUGCACAAAUUGUUCAACAAUCUCCUGACAUUGUUUCUAAAAGUGAGAACGGUAUAGCUGAAGGGAGCUCCUUUCCUUUUAAUUUUGAAGAUGGUGAGGAAGCUUCAAAAGGGAUUGAUUUGCUUGAGCAAGUUUCUAAUGGUCUUGAAAGUGAUGAACCUAUGGCUGAGGAUAAGUCCACAGAGAAGGAUUCAUCACUUGUUGAGUUCAUGACCCCUUCACAAUCGGACCUUGGUUUUGAUGGAAAUGAAGAAAGUAUGAUUAGAUUCUUAAAAAAAGCACUACAAAAGGAACACAGUGCUUGCAAAGCUCUAUACCUUGAACUUGAGAAAGAGAGAAGUUCUGCUGCUACUGCUGCAGAUGAAGCUAUGGCUAUGAUAUUACGUUUACAAGAAGAGAAGGCAUCAGUAGAAAUGGAGGCUAGGCAAUACUAUAGGAUGAGAGAAGAAAAGGCUGCAUAUGAUGCUGAGGAAAUGAACAUUCUUAAAGAGAUCUUAUUGAGGAGAGAGAAGGAAAAGCAUUUCUUGGAGCAGGAAGUUGAAUGCUAUAGACAAAUGCUGUUUGGGAAAGAGCAAUUAAAUGUUGAUAUGCAUAAUAUGACAGCCACAGGUGGACAAAUAGUUUCGUCAUUAUACUCAAGUGAGGUGCCAGCAUUAACGUCACAUCAGCCUAAUGAAUCUGAUGUUGAAAAGGAAAAGGCCAAAAAUUCAAAUGUUUUUUCAGAUGAUGAUGUCACGUCCAAUUUUGGUUUGCAAAAUCAUACUCUUGAUUUUGGAAAAGAAUUUCCAAUUCCCAAACUCAGAGAUGAUGCUGGCUCUUCGGAUAUGACUGUUGAAAAAAAUCAUGUCUAUGUGCUGAGAAGUGUUGAGGAGAUUCAUCAAGAAGUGCCGGAGAAGGGCAUGGCAUACAUGGACCAAAAUCCACUAGAACAGCUUUUGGAGGAGCCUUCACAUUCUAAUCAGUCAACCACUCCACACUCUUCAGAUAUGACUGUUGAAAAAAAUCCUGUCUAUGUGCUUAGAAGUGUUGAGGACAUUAAUCAAGAAGUGCCAGAAAAGCGAAUGGCAUACAUGGACCAGAAUCCACUUGAGCAUCAUUUGGAGGAGCCUUCACAUUCUAAUCAGUCAACUAGUCCACAGGGAUUGAAUGAGCUUCAGGAAAUCACUGUCCCUGUCAUAGAAAAGGAGCACAAGGAUAACACUGGUCCAUGCCGAGGGUUGACACCAAGGACAACCUGUUCCUUUGAUGAAACUAAGAUAAUUUUUCCACAUGGUGAGGAAACUAGAGACAAAUAUGGAAAAGAUUCAAAUAAUUCAGUUUUUGACAUUGAUUAUCAUGUUAAUGAUAUUCAUGUUGUUGCUGAUAAAUUUAAUGUGGAUAGUGAAGAAAGUGGAAAUAACAGUAGACAGCCAUCAAUCCGUCAUGCUUUGAGUAUGCCAAAAUUAUGUGAUAGUCCAACCUUAGGUGGGUUACGAACUGAGUCAGAAAGGAGAAGAGUCAGUUUAGAGAGAAGUGGCAGAUUACCACCAAUUGGUCCCUCCCGAGGAAAAGGUUAUCUUCAUGAUCUGCGGAGAAAUUCCAUGUCUGCUUUUGAUUCUGAAAGGUUGAAAAUCGACAGCGAGGUUGAAUGGCUAAGGGAAAGGCUAAAGAUUGUGCAAGAGGGAAGAGAGAAGCUAAAGUUCUCUGUAGGGCAUAGAGAAAGAGAAAAAACUGAGAUGCAAAUUUUGGGUAAUAUAGCAAGCCAACUUCAAGAGAUUCGACAGUUAACAGAACCUCGAAAGGCUUUACAGCAGGCAUCUCUGCCCCCUCCAUUUUCUAAGCUGCUCCUCAAUUUGAGAGACUGAAAAACUACUCUAGGAGACAUCUUACUUUUUCUGGAAGUGGUGAUACACUCAGUUGCAAUGGACAGCCAUGUGUGUGUGGUUUUGGUCCCUACUACCAUAAGAUCCAUGUAGAAUUUCAACCAUAUUCUUUUUCAUGGAUUAAAUGUAAAUGGCUAGAGUGGGAUGUUGAUGGAGGUUUCCAAGACAGUAAUUUUGAUCUGAACAGCUUGCAUAUUUCUUAUGAUAUAUUUGUACAGAAAAACACUUAUAUUGGUAUAUUCAUGUAUUCCUGCAUGUUUAGAGCUUGGGAUGACGUACAUUAAGAUUUCAAUUUAGAUCCUCUUAUGAAAGGAGUGCCUGAGAUUGACCAUGGUAAGAGGCAUUUGGAUUUUCUUGCUCAGAAGCACUGAUAUGACACUGGGAAAGUAUUUUAUCUAGCUUUCCAUAAUACUUGCAUUAGUUAUACUGUGUGGAUAGCGUACGGUAAGCAUGAGAGAGGAAUUAAAGAAAUCAUUCUAUGUUCUGUGACUCAUAUCUCUGCUUGAAGCUAAAUAACUAUUUGAAAGCUUCCUUCAACUUCACUUCGGUUGUUUUAAGCUCCUAAUCCUUUAAUGCUUUUUGAAUCACUGAAGUUUCUUGGUUUCAGGUUAUGUCAAAGAAAAGACGACCACGAACUUUUUCCUUACAGGUGCAGAAAAGCAUUUAGUUGAGGUACUAGUAAGGCAAAUUAGAUGGAGCUGAUUUUGCUCACCUGCAUUCUGCUUCUUGUUUACCGGAGCAGGUGACACCUUUUUAACGUUUCAAUCAUGUCCCUCGUCCAACUACACUACAGUGAUAAUCUAGUUGUUAAAGCACAAUUUCUUUUUCUUGCUUAUCGCAGUUGUGGUAUCCAAUUUUGACUGCUUGGUAGCACUGUAGCUUCCACUGAGGAUUGAAUUUAUAGUUGAAAUAAGUUGUAUUUUAACUA